AUGAUUCCGGGGUGCAAUCGGCCCCAGAACGGCCAUAGCGCUGCGGAAAGUGAACGAGGGAUGAACUCUGCACCAAUCAUACCUGAUCCACGACCAUCCCCUGAAACUCAAGCCUCCGAGCCAUCCUCCGAAGACCCUCCUCCAGAUUCCUUCCGGGGGGCUGGAAUCUCGUUCGCUUCAAAACCUCUGCGACCGCCGUGGCUAUCGUGGCUCCCCGAGCAUGGGGACGACCGUUCGGAACCACGACUUGGUCUUGACAGCAACGGGCUAUGUCCAGGCUGCGCCGAAUUGAUUACCAUGUCGGUCAGAAGCCCAACUCUGACGUUCGAGGUUCCACCGAAUCCUCGCAUUCGGUACCGAUUGCAGGACGGCUGCAAACUAUGUCCGCUGCUUUUCUACACCUACAGACAACGCCUGUCCCCAGCUACUAAUUUCACUCCUCAAGUCACUCCUCAAGGCUAUCUGGAGAUGGUCACCUUUUCCCUCGUGAAGCAGACUCCACUAACCCUGAACAUUAUCCGAGGGCCUAGGUCACACUAUAGUGAUUCGGCUGGGCCGCCUGGUGCGGGCGACACGAUUUGUGUGGCAGUGAAGGCUCUUCUGCGUAGGAACGUCUUUGAGAAGCCUUGGGACGAGAAGAAAAUGCUAGAGGAUCUGGGGACAUUCAUUGCCCUGUGUGUGGACCAAGAUAUGGAGACAAUCCCAUCUAGGGCGCAGCCUAUCGUGGUCAGGGACACCUCGGAUAGAUUCGAGCCACCGCUAGUGCUCGAAUGGCUAGAACGCUGCCAACAGGAACACACACUCUCGUGCUCAUUAAGCAGCCAGGGCUUUCCGGAGACACUCACGCUGGUAGACUGCGUCGAGAGCCAGAUUUGCCGGCACGGCCAUACAAGCCACCCAUGCGGCUCGAAAUGCCCCGGUAAGAGACUCGGGACCGUCGAUGUGGCCCCUUUCCAGCUUGACGGAUCUAGUUUCGAGUAUAUAGCUCUCAGUUACGUGUGGGGGACGACAAAACCGGCCAAAGGACAGGUUGAGGACGGUUUGAAUCCACCACCUCCUUCAUCCAUCGCUCUCGGUCCCCGUCUGGACCAGGUAGCGCAUACUAUUUUCGACGCUAUCCAGGUAACGACGGCUUUAGGACGGCGAUAUCUCUGGGUCGACCAAUACUGCAUCGACCAAGAGAACCCCGUCAAGAAACGAGCCCAGAUCAAGCAGAUGCGACGGAUCUAUGGCAACGCCGACUUCACCAUAGUCGCCGCCGCUGGCAAAGACGCGAAUUACGGCCUCCCGGGUGUAGGCGAGCGGCCAAGGAGACACCCACCCACCCUCAAGGUCGGUAGUGUCACAGUUCGGGUGGUACCACUGUUACCCUCGAAGAGUAUCCCCUCAUCGAUGUGGGCAUCGCGCGGAUGGACAUUCGAAGAAGCAUUUCUAAGCCGCAGACGGCUCGUCUUUCUCGAAGACCAGCUGUACUUUGAGUGUAAUCUGGGACACGCAUGCGAGCGCAUCUUACACUCGCCGGAAGCUUGCCUCAGUAACAAUCCGAGUAUGUCGCUUCUUACCAUCUACGGCUCCAAUGCCGAGGCGAGGAAGGAGGCACUGUUGCGAGAAAUCUUGCAAGAAAGCCCGCCAAGCCACGCAUACCAGCCUAAUCCGCCGUCGAGAGAAAGCGAUGAUAUCGAAGCCUACAUUCAGCAUGGCCUACUCCCCUAUCUCCAGGCCGUGAGGGCGUAUAGUAAGCGGACACUUACCGACCCCUCCGACUCGUUGCAUGCAUUUGUGGGCAUGUUGGAACACUUCCAGCACGCUAUAGCAACCCCUCUCUGCCACACUUGGGGAGUUCCAGUCCCUGCAACCCUCGCCGUCAGGCACGCGGACGCAGUCCGUUUCUUCACGACGGGUCUGGCCUGGAAUCACGGGGGUGACGGGAAGCCUAAAGGUAACUGGGGCUGGGUCCAUAACCCACCUUGCCAUCGCAGAACGGACUUUCCCUCGUGGUCAUGGGCUGCUUGGGAGGGCAUGAAGGAGUUUCCCUCAAGUUUCGAGACCGGCGGCCAUGGGCUGCUGAGUGACGUCACAUGCGAUGUGAUGUUUCGAGAUGGCGACAAGGGCGCCAGCAACAUCAGCUUGGAUGAUAUUGUGCAACUAAACAGGGCCCAUGGUCCUGCUAAGGAUCACCCGCGUAUCCUGGUGAUGUCUGCUCAAGUCAUUCCCAACCACGUCUUCACUGAGUGCCUCCAGGCCUUGGAUGUCACGCUUGAUGGUGCCGACCCCAACACUAGCGACGACACUUGGGAGGGAAGGCUAGGGAGUGGCGGUGAUUAUGUAUGCGUCUGGCUUGGCCGGCUUGGGUCUUACGGAUAUUGUCUUGUGCUCGCCAGAAGAAGCAAGGGUUGGAGGAGACGAGACAAAGUGCUCCAUCAGAGAUUAGGCAUUGUUCAAAUUGCUCUUGAGGGGAGUGAGGUAAAAUGUUUGGGGUUGCCUGAAUGGGACAGGAAGCUUUUCGAGAUAGAGUAG